AUAAAUAUUCAUGAAAAUUCGGGGGUAUAAAAGGAGUAGCGAUCGUUGAGUAAAGUUAACACAACAAAAAGAUAGCUUAAAAGUAGAACAAGUGAAACCGUGGAAGAACCAUGUCUCGUUACGUUUUCGCUCUCGUCCUUCUGGUUGUGGUUGCUGUGGGUGUAAGCGCUGUCCCACCGGAGCAACCAUGCCCUGAAAAUAUGUUCUGGUCAGGCCUUGGAAGAAUGUGCGAGCCAAGCUGCGAAGAUCCGUCGUUCAGACUCUGUAGCGCUCCUCUCGACUUUGCCUGCCGCUGUAUGGAGGGCUUCUACAGAAACGGAGAUAGGUGUAUUCCCUUGUCAGAAUGUCCAAAACACUAAGAAAUUUAUCAACGACCAUCUCUGCUCCCUAAUGAACCCCUUCGUGUAACUACGCUUCUAAUGCAACGACGAUAAUAAACAAUUUUGCAUGCAGAAA